GCCCUCCUGGGGAUCCCAAGUUUAAAGCAAUGUCAACCCAGCAUCCAUACAAUCACGCGCCACCAGUUGCAGACGAAAGGCAAUACUUGCCUCCUCGUACUGCGUCACACCCUUCAGCAGCAGCGCACCAUUCCCCGUUUCCAUUAUCUGGACAGGCAGUAUCACCAUACUAUCCGAAUGAAAUGCAAACCCCACGUCACCAGCAGCAUGCGCCUGUACUAUCUCAACAACAACCUGUUCCCAAUAUUCCACCCCAACCGUACCCGCCACCUGGUCGCCCCGCUGGUCCUCGAUUAAUCUAUCAUCGACCGCCAUAUUCCCCGCAUGCGCCACAAUAUUUCCAGCAGCAUCUGCCUCCAUCACAACAGUCGUCGACAACUCCACAGCGGGCACCUGGUGUGCAACAGCGUCCAUCUAGUAUGAACUCCCACCGCCAUUCAAUAAUGGCUUUACCUCCGCAGAAUCAGUACACUUCUCUUCCAUCUUCUCGCCAUUCGAUGUUGCCCGGAUCAAAAAUACAGCAAUUUCCACCAGUUGCCCAUGAAGCGGUAUGGCGUGGUGCAAGGCAACACGGGGGCCGUCCUGAGGAUCUGUCUCAUGGGAGCGUGUCCUAUCCCGUGUCGAAACGAGAUUCGGCUGCAUCGAUGGCCGCGCCAGUCCCAGAGCGCGGGGCGUUCACAGCCGCAUCACCAAACGAGGGGCCAGAGUGUGUGCCUCUCAUCGAGUUUCGCGUUCUCGAAACCCGAUUGACGGAACUUCAGGCGAAAGUUGAAGAGUAUGAAAAGACUGUGCAAUCAUUAGAGCGAGCGAAUGAAAUGCGCAAAGAGGAUACGAAAGCAGAUAGCGAAAGACUCCGAAUGACCCAGGAAGAAUUGAACACUGCCAUUUUGGAGAUUUCGCGGUUGGGACAUGUGAACGAAAAUUUGGAGAGACUUUUGGAUGAAACGGUGUCUCAUCAACAGAAGAUUCACCAGAGUCCUGGAUCUCACGCGCGAUCUACAGCCGAUAUUCCAAGUACGGAUGCCGCAAUUAUGCCAGCGGAAUUGUCAGAGCUGCGAAGUAUUUGCGCCGAGGCACAGCAGCGUGCCCUUGUUGCUGAGACCGAGAUGGACCGAUUGAGAGUUGAGCUAUCAGCCGCGCGCUCUGCGGCAGGGGAGGUGAUUGCGUUGCGCAACAAGACCGCCCAUUUGGAAGCUAUGUUGGCCGGCAGAUUGAAGAAUGAGGAGAUAGCUAUACCUGCGAAGACUAAUGAGGAACAAUCGCUUGAAGGUCAUGAUGAGCUCGGAUCCCUCAUCGGAGAGAAGGGGGGGAUUGAAGAAGCUCAGAAUGUAGAACUAGAAGCGAAGUCUGGUGAAAACAACGUAUCAGUACAGAAAUCUGUCGUAUUAGAUCCGAACGGGAUGGUGACCGUGCUCGAGCGGCGCGCUUCUGAAUUGAACGCCGAACUAAAUUCGUCUAAAUCAGAGGUAGCGCGAUUAUUGAAGUUGAAGGCAAAGUACGAAGCGCACAGUGUAGAAGCGGAGAAAGUGUACAGCUCCAUGGUGUCCAUUGUUGAGUCUGACCGUCGGCGACUUGCCAGUCUUGAGAGUCAAUUACGCGAAGCACAAUCUCUCCUAAACCAGUCCAGCGCACAAGAAAUGGCAAAGCUACAAAGUGAGCUAGAAAAAGCGAGAUUGGAUGCCGAUCGAUGGAAAGCGCGGGCCCUGGGAUUGGAUGUUCAACCGGAUACGGUGAUUGAGACUCGCGGGGACUUGUCGGAGCAUCUUUCCUCCGUAUCACUCGAUAACAAAGAGAAAGAGAAUUUGAGGAAAGCAGCUCAAGCCGAGUUGGAGCUUCGAGCAGCGCUUCUCUCCAAACAAAACGAGGUUGAAGCUCUGGUCGAAGUCGUCCGAGAGAAGGAUGUGGACAUGACUGGACUUAAGCGAGACUACAAAGCUUUGUUGGAAAAGAACAUGGAACUGAAUUUGAAGAUUGCAGAUAAAGGGCCAAAAUAGGGUAGGAUCUGUACACAAGAGCUGACAUAUUAUUGAAGCCUAUAUCCUAGACACAUUAGUAAGGAUCUCUUAGGUCCUCGUCAUCUUCAAAAACACAGCGGCGCUACAAAAAUGCAAAAAAUUAUCAGAUUACUAACAUCUGCCAGUGAAUGAUUUCAUGUGGUCGACCAACCAUAAAUGGACACGCAACUACACGAGCUCUAAAGCAAACGAAUAUUGUAGAUCAAGCAAUGUGGAAAACCCAACUCCGAUCGCUAGCAUCUCUAUUCCUAUGAUUUGAAGUAGCCUUGUAACGGCAAGCGCUCAAUCUGUAGGAAAACACGGGCCUGUGCUUCAUUGGACAGGGACAUGAAGUGUCCGCCCAAACGCUGAGAGCGGCCAACAUUUCACCAUCUGGGAUCUGUGUCGUCGGUUGCCCCCCGCGACCGAUCCUGAUGUUUAGCACGGACGUGUCGUGCGCAUCCAAAAAGGGGGGUAGAACUUUGAACUUCUAUCAGACAACAUGGAGCUGCCCCUGGUGCAAGGAUAAAAUGUAUGAGGUGGCCGCCGUGGCCAACUUGUGUUGGACGUUCCGUGGAUUGAUACAUAUCUCCCGAAGUAUGUUGUUCAUCGGAUCGAAUCAACUACUGUUGUCCUCAGUUCUUCCACAGCGUUACUAAGAAAUUAAC